UGCGGAACCGGGCUUCCCGCUGCACGCCUACGUGUUUCAAAAUAUUACUUCGUACGCCGCAUCGCGGACUCAGCCCGUCGAGUCGUGGCCUCACUUGCAAGGCAUCUCAUUUGCCGAUCCCGAUCCUUCAAGUCGACAUCGGAUUCACUUACUAAUCGGUGCCGACUUGUAUGGUUCCUUGUUGAAAAAUGGCCUCCGGCAAGGCCCUAUUGGAACGCCUACCGUUCAAUUGACAGCGUUAGACUGGAUUCUCUCCGGCCCCACGGGUCGCGGCCGGAUUGAAUCCGAGAAUAUUUGCGUCUGUCAUAACGUGCCUACGCACGACACGAAUUCGCUUCUCAGGCAAUUUUGGGAGGACGAGGAGGUCUCGCGCCCCCCUCCACUUACCGACGAGGAGGAGCGUUGCGAACAACACUUCCUCACCACUCAUAGUCGUUCUCCAGAAGGACGGUACAUUGUUCGAUUGCCCUUCCGGCACGAACUACCAAUCGACAUAGGCGAUUCCCUGCCUAUCGCCACGGUAUUCUACGAGAAAAUGGAAAGGAAGCUGCGUCGGCACGCCGAACUCUCCGCGCAGUAUAAUGACUUUUUGGCGGAAUAUUAUUAA